AUGGCCACUGAUCCUGAUUUUCACGAGAUAUUUCUAAAGGUUGCAUGGACGACCAUUAAAGUUUUUACGAAUUGUCUAAAAAUCGAUAUCGAAUAUAAAACACUAGGCAUACAAUGGGACACCACCAGCAAGGAAGUUAUAACACAGUUGCUCAGGCGCUUGAAAAUGCGUCAUCGCGAUCCACGUCUCUUCUAUCUCUCUAUGGAAGUAUCGGUGCGACGUGCUGGUGUGAAGACCAUACUCGUGUUAGAUGAUGAUACACGACCGGCUAUACUACAAGCAUGUCACCCGAAAGGCGAGUCAAGAUUCUGCUUGCAAUUAAAGCCAGGUGGCUUAAUUCGCGUACACACUUCCGCCCUACAACCCUCCUCACAAUAUAAAUCUUUAGUUAUCUCCGAGGAAACAACAUCGGAUGAGUUACUACAACUGUUGCUUUCUUGCUACAACUCCAUGGAACCCGUCGAACAGUUCUCUAUAUACGAAGUCUGCCCCGGUCAGGAAUAUCAACGUAAAUUGCAUCCCGACGACAUACCGCUACGUGCUCAAUCCGAACGCAUGCGUCGUGGUGAAACCUGCCAUUUUCUGGUACGUCGCAAUCCGAACUACAAUCGUCGCCGCCAACUGCUAGCCACGCUCAAUGGUUUAACUAGCAACGGCACUAACAACAACAACAGCAAGUCUUUUGAUGCUAAUAGCACCAUUUCCUCAUUGGAGGAUGACACCAGCCUCUUAGAUAUAUCCAUCGAGUCUCUAACCGACGAUCUACACAGUUUAAUGGCUAGCGAUGAAGAUGAAGACGGCGCCUCAUCCAACUCUGGCUCAUCGGACACAUCCUCUGAGGGUUCAAACGGUAUGCGACGCACGCCUUCCACACUCUCCGUCGUACCAAUACAACCGCAAUUGAAGUCAAAAGCCGUCGCCGCCAUCGAUGUGUGUCCGAAGUGUCGCAAUACAUUUAAAUCAUGCGAAUUUUGUCAUAAAAAUUCGUCAAUGAUGAUGCAAUUACAGCGUUCGAACAGCAUUUCGAGUAGCAGUAGUUGUGCCACGACCAAAACCUUACAAAUGCAUCUGCCAAGCUAUAGCCCAGUGUAUAAUAUACGCGAAAUACGCACAGCUUCGCAUAGCUUCUCCGCACUCGGCAAUGACAAAAAGCUGCUGGAUAUUCAGUUGAAUGGACGCUUUGAUACGAGCGCCUGCACGCGGCUACGUCCACAAAGCGUCUGUGUAGCGCGCUCCACGCGCAUGCUCACUGACGGCAAUGGCAAUAGCAAUGCGGUGGAGGGCACGUUGACAGCACAGGCUGCCAAUGAUUUGAAUGGCAAUAAUGUGUCGGCUGGUGCCGCGUCUUUGACGUCAGCGGCGUCCUCAGUUGGAGGAGAGAUGGUGAACAAUCAUCCCGCUAAGGGUUUGGGGCAUUUCGUCUAUCUGUAGAUAGGUUUUAUGGCGUUUUAGUGUAAGGCUGUGGAGAGUUGCGUUCUGUAUUCUUCACAUAGACUAGUCAACUAAAGAAAGAGAAAAUUUGAGAAAUGUUGCGUAUAAAUAUUUUUGGUUUAAAGAUUGUAUGAGUCGCAGAAUUUCAGUUGUGUCGUUGGAACCUUGAUCUAAGCAUUAAAUUUUAAAAUAUCAGUUGUCAAAGGGACUGUGCGGGCGCUGUUGUUAUUGCUAAGCUGGAAAGCAGCCGGUCAAAAUAUUGUUUCUAUUAUUUAUUUUUUCCUUUAAAAAACAAAAACAAGUU